UUUGAAGGACAGACUGUCUCUCUGAGCUGUGAGGAGGACGACAGCUCUGCUGGAUGGACUCUGAGGAGGAACACGACUCAUGAAACCAGGACUCAAUGUGGAGGGGGCUGGGGAAGACCUGCUGGUUCCUCCUGUAACAUCAGCUACAUGUUCUCAUGGUACACUGGGGAGUACUGGUGUGAGUCCAGAGAGGGAGCAACCAGUACCAGCAUCAGCAUCACUGUCCCUGGUGGACCAGUGAUCCUGCAGAGUCCUGUCCUCCCUGUGACGGAGGGACAAGACCUCACUCUGCACUGUAGGACAGAGACGUCCUCCAACCUCACAGCGUCUUUCUAUAAAGAUGGCUCCUUCAUCGGGACUGGGCCUGCAGGUCACAUGACCAUCCCCCAUGUCUCCAGGUCUGAUGAAGGCCUCUACAGGUGCAGCAUCAGCAGUGCUGGAGAGUCCCCCCCCAGCUGGGUCUCUGUCUCAGUUGUGAUCUCACUGCUGAGCCGCACAACACACCCAGCCUCUCUGACUGUGAGUCCCAGCAGCUCUCAGCUGUUUGAAGGACAGUCUGUCUCUCUGAGCUGUGAGGAGGACGACAGCUCUGCUGGAUGGACUCUGAGGAGGAACACAACCAGAGACACCAGGACUCAGUGUGGACCUGACUGGGGAAAUCCUGCUGGUUUGUCCUGUACCAUCGACUACAUGGUCUCAUGGGACAGUGGGGAGUACUGGUGUGAGUCCAGAGAGGGAGCAACCAGUACCAGCAUCAGCAUCACUGUCCCUGGUGGACCAGUGAUCCUGCAGAGUCCUGUCCUCCCUGUGACGGAGGGACAAGACCUCACUCUGCAAUGUAGGACAGAGACGUCCUCCAACCUCACAGCGUCUUUCUAUAAAGAUGGCUCCUUCAUCAGGACUGCACCUGCAGGUCACAUGACCAUCCCCCAUGUCUCCAGGUCCGAUGAAGGCCUCUACAGGUGCAACAUCAGCGGUGUUGGAGAGUCCCCCCCCAGCUGGGUCUCUGUCUCAGUUGUGAUCUCACUGCUGAUCAGCCCAACGAGCCCAGUGUCUCUGACUGUGAGUCCCAGCAGCUCUCAGGUGUUUCAGGGACAGACUGUCUCUCUGAGCUGUGAGGAGGACGACAGCUCUGCUGGAUGGACUCUGAGGAGGAUGACAGAAAAGGACACCAGGACUCAGUGUGGAGGGGGCUGGGGAAGUCCUGCUGGUUCCUCCUGUAACAUCGACUACAUGCUCCCGUGGGACAGUGGGGUGUACUGGUGUGAGUCCAGAGAGGAAGCAACCAGUACCAGCAUCAGCAUCACUGUCCCUGGUGGACCAGUGAUCCUGCAGAGUCCUGUCCUCCCUGUGACGGAGGGACAAGACCUCACUCUGCACUGUAGGACAGAGACGUCCUCCAACCUCCCAGCGUCUUUCUAUAAAGAUGGCUCCUUCAUCAGGACUGAGCCUGCAGGUCACAUGACCAUCCCCCAUGUCUCCAGGUCUGAUGAAGGCCUCUACAGGUGCAACAUCAGCAGUGUUGGAGAGUCCUCCCCCAGCCGGGUCUCUGUCUCAGGGAAACCAGAGACCACAAGCCCUCCAACCUCUGCAGCUCCCCCCCCUGAAACCUCUGCAGCUCCCCCCUCGACCUCAGACCCUCCAACCUGUGCAGCUCCCCCACUGGCCUCAGACCCCGUCCCCCUUGUGUUGAGACUGGUGUGCCACCUGGUGGUGUUCUGUCAAUACUGCAUCUCCACCUUCAUCAUGGUGUCUCUGUAUCGAGACAGAACCACAGGAAAUGGCCUGCCUGUUGCCGUGGUGACGACCCCCCACACUGACGAGGGAUUGGAUGAUGAUGAUGUCAUCACCGCUGUCUCCACUGAGCAUCACUUCUGAAUUGAUCUGAAAAGCAGCGCCAAUGUUUCAAGACCUCGUAGUGUUAAAAAAAAGGAGGACCCACAACGCUUCCCUGUGGAACUCCAUAUGUUCUAGUUUUUGUCUUUAACC